AUGGCAACCACAGUCACCACAGUUACCGGCACUCUGACACCAGAACCACCGCUCAAACUCGAAUUGGCAACAAUUGAGGACGUUCCUGAGCUGGUACGCCUGUGGUACAAUGCCUUCAGCAUUCCUUCUCUGCUUGCUAUCUGGCCUGACACUCCGGGAGUACGGCAGUGGUGGGAGUCAGCCAUUCGCUAUGACAUGCUACACAAGCCACGCGAAAAAUAUCUUAAGGUAGUUGACAGCCAGACUGGGCGUAUUGCCGCUUAUGCCAAAUGGUCCCUUGAGACUUCCAAGGAACGUGGCCCCCGGUUUCCCCCUUGGCACCCGGACAUGGAUGCCCGUCGUAACGAGGAAUUUUUUCAACGACUGGAGGAUGUUCGCAAUCACCUUGUUGGAGACGGCAGGAAAAAUUUCUAUCUUGAUAUGCUCGCGACGCAUACCGAUUACCGACGCAUGGGAGCAGCGCGUUUACUCCUUAUAUGGGGAUGUCAGGUAGCGGAUCAAGAGGAUGCUCUAAUCUACAUUGACUCGAGCGAAGCUGGAAAACCGAUCUACGAGCGUUUCGGUUUCGUGGUUCGGAGCAUGACCUGCGGACUUGCGUCCAUGGCUCUAGAUGUCCCAGUGAAAUUCUGGAGACGGCUAUGUAAUGUUCCGGCGGCAGAUAGUCUUAGUGUACUAGACUGA